CCCACUGCCCCAGUCACGACUUUGUCUGCGAUAUAUAUAAACCUAAACAAAGUAGGGUUUAGGGUUUAAGCCCCUCUGCUUUCCAUCCUUGCCUGUGCUCUGAAGAGUAAAGAGAAAGAAGAAAAAAGAAGAAAAUGGUGGCAGAUAAAGGGAAGAAGCAGAAGGUAGAAGAUAAAGACGAAAACAGCAGCAUUGACAAAGACCUCCUCCUCUCAAUCGAGAACCUUCAAGCGAUCCAAGAUGAGCUGGAGAAGAUCAAUGAAGAAGCCAGCGAUAAGGUCUUGGAAGUAGAACAGAAGUAUAGCGAGAUUCGGAAACCCAUCUACCAGAAGCGAAAUGAAAUAAUUCAAUCUAUUCCAGAUUUUUGGUUGACAGCUCUCUCUAGUCAUCCUGUCAUUGGUAGCCUUCUGACUGAAGAGGAUCAAAAGAUUUUCAAAUUUCUGACUUCCAUUGAAGUUGAAGACUCAAAAAAUGUGAAAUAUGGUCAUACAAUCACGUUUAAUUUUAAGCCCAACCCUUAUUUUGAAGAUACGAAGCUCUUUAAGAGCUAUACCUUCCAAGAGGACGGUACAACAAAAAUUACUGCCACUACUAUCAAAUGGAAAGAAGGCAUGGCAAUCCAAAAUGGAGACGCUAAUGAGAAGAAAGGAAAUACGCGUCCUCCACAAGAAGAAAGCUUCUUCUCCUGGUUCACUGACGCCCAGCAAAAAGAUGAAGAUUUUUGUGACAUUCAUGAUGAGAUUGCUGAGUUAUUCAAGGAGGACAUUUGGCCUGACCCCCUUUCUUACUUCAAUAAUCAAGGAGCUGAAGAUGAAGAAUUUGAGGUUGAUGACGAGGAGGAUUGUGAUGGCUCUGAAGAGGAUGAAGAGCAAGAUGGCGAAGAUGAUGACGACGAUGAAGAAUAGGUUUUUCUGCAAUGUUCUCUUUUAUUCUGCUAUUUGAGUUGUCGUUACUCUUUUAUAUUGCGAGUGUAUGUAUUAGAGAUGAUUAGAAACACCGGGAAAUGGUUGGCUUUCUUCUUCUAUAGGCAUCAAAUCGUAGCAGUCCAUCUAUUUUUUUGUUAUCUUCUCUGUUUUGGGCUGAGAUUACACUCUAUUCCCUGUAUGUUGUGAUAAUUUUCAUGUUAUGUAGGGAACAUUUGAAAGUUCAACUUAUAUUUGUGGUGU